AUGUUCCCGCACGGCAUAGACGUUUUGACCACAGCCGAUUUUCAAUCUGUCGGUCCGAGGUACAAUGCUUACCUUGUGAUCGCACCGCAAGUAGCCGAAUACUCAGAAUACACGAAGCCGCUUAUCGAUCACCUUGUAGACUUGAAAGUUGAACAUUGGGAUUGUGCCAUUCGGGAGUUGGCCGCUAAAGCUCUCAACAAAUUAACACCGAAGAUUCCUGAGUAUGUAGCAACAGAAGUCUUACCUAAAUUAGUGGAGAAAACUGAAUCUAUAGAUUUGAACGUGCGUCAUGGCGCAAUUCUUGCAAUUGGAGAAGCCGUCCAUGCGCUUUCCCAAAUUAAAUUGGCCAAUGGAAAGACCGCCGAUUCCCUCAUAUCAGAGACCAUAUCUGUGUCGGUGAGGGAUUUGGUCCCUCGUUUACGUGGUAGACAGCAGUUCCGCGGUCUGGGCGGGGAGUUGAUGCGUCAAGCUUGCUGCCAGUGUAUAGCGCUGCUUUCAAUGGCAGCGGCGCCUUAUCAUUCGCAUCCUACUAUAGAUGAAUGGUUAAACUUGAUAGAGGAAUGUCUAUCGCACGAAGUUCAAACGAUUCGCGAGAAGGCAAUCCACGCUCUGCCCUUUGUCUUCGAUCAGUACUUGCGAGACGACAAACUCAUGUAUGGCGAUAAGACAGCCAAAUUCAAGAGAAUGGAACUCAUAGAGAAGUACUGUGAACAACUCACUAAUACUGGAGUUAACGGACUAGUUUUAAGAAUGGGAUACGCGCGGGCUGUUGGUUCCUUACCUAAAUUCGUGCUCUCUGAACAGUUGCCCCUUAUCAUCCAAUCUCUAAUUGAUUGCACAAAAGUGACUGAAAACACUCACAAGUGGGCUGAGGGUCGCAGGGACGCAGUGAUAGGUCUCACUGACGUCUGUCAGACGCAAGGGAUCGUGAACGGUGUUGAGAAAUAUGUGCCUCAGAUCGUUGAGGCGCUGUUGAAUUGUCUGUCGGAAUACACCAUUGAUAUGAGAGGGGAUAUCGGCGCUUGGGUGCGGGAAGCUAGUAUGACUGGCCUUUUGUCCCUUUGCCGUCAAUGCGCUUUGGAGGCUCCACAUUUGAAUUCGCCGCAAGUGAUCAAAGACAUAAUGUGCGGAAUAGCACAGCAAGCUGUCGAGAAAAUUGACAGAACGAGAGCGCACGCCGGCAGAAUAUUUACUUCCCUUAUUUACAAUGACCCAAUAAUAACGAAUAUACCCGAACACGACGCUCUAAAACGUAUAUUCCCAUCCGAAGAAGUGGAAUUAAAGCCUAAAGAUCAAGAGGACGAGAUAGACAUGACAACCAGUGAAAACUCCAACGUGGUUCUAUGGCUGUUCCCCGGGCAUACAAUGCCUAGAUUUGUGCAGCUAUUAAACUAUGAUGAGUACAGAUAUAACGUGAUAAAAGGAUUGAUCGUAAGCGGUGGAGAACUGACUGAGAGCUUGGUCAAACAUACAACCCAAUCUCUGUAUUCAUAUCUCAAUACUUUACAUGACAACAAAACUAUGUUAAAAUAUAUAUGUGAUACUAUCAUCAAAGUGUUUGCUGACAAUUUACAUGUGAAACGAAUCACAGGACCUAUUUUUAAUUUCAUUGAUAGGCUGCUCAGUUCAGGUUCAAUAUCACCAAUUCUAGAAGAUCCCAAUUCCACUUUUGCAGCAGACGUUCUAAAGUAUUUGCAGAUAGAAUUACGUGGAGCAAAAAAUAUUUAUAAGCUACUAGAUUCUAUCAAUGUGCUGUGUCAGUUAAUUCAGGUUGGUGGUGUCGUAUGCAGCAAAUCCUUGGGUCAGUUGGUUAUAUAUUUAUGUUACGCUGACCGAUAUGUUAGAAGAUGCGCCGCUGCUAGACUCUAUGAGGCAUUAACUCUAUACGGCGACGUGUGUUCCGUCCCACAAGACAAUAUAGAUCAGGUUAUGGCCGUACUCGCUGAAACGGACUGGGAAAAGGACGUGACCGAACUAAGACCUAUAAGGAAUGACCUCUGUGAUCUCAUGAAUAUAAAGAGGCCAGUCAUGAAACAGAAGAAUCCAUCUUAA